UGUGAACGUGCACGUGUUCUGUUUACAAGUGUUGUCACGCUGGUGCGUGGUGGUGGCCGAGGACAACCAUGGCCAUUCACAAGGAUAGUAUAUUUCGUAGGCAAAUCAUUCAACUUGGCGAGAACAACGAAACUUGUCACGAACUAUUUAAACAGUGUUUAGAAAAAAAGAACUGGAACCAGAAUGAUUGGGAACAGGUGCUUCGGACAUGUGCACAAGCUCUCCUGGAUCCACAGUUAACUCUAAUAGUUGGUGUACAGUUGCGCCCAUGGCUCCUGGAGCUCCUGGGAAGGUCUCGAGCUGCUUCCAUUAAAACCAUCCAAACCGGUGGAGGGAAAUCCCUUCACUUUGCUAUUUGUUUGGCCCUCAGCAAGCUUGUUACCAUCAGUAGCGAAGUUGUCAGAUUUGUACUUGUUUAUUUCCAAGAUGCAGCAGCACCAUUUCAAAAGGAAGAUGAAGACUGCAGUGAACCAUCUACUAAAAAGAGAAAGAAGCAGAAGCAACAAACACCUACUGUCACAGAAAAGGAAUUGUUACAGGCAACUUAUGAUCUCCUAAGGCAUGUUGGUGGAGACUUAAUUCACAUGUGGAAGUGGUCACACCUCUUGUCUUACAUGCAUCACCACUGUGAGGAAGUACAAUGGUUGGCAUGUCACUGCAUUGCACUUUUAUCCAGGAUGAGUGAGAUGCAACAAGAAUCUUUAAUCAUGAAAAAUGUUUCAUUGGAGACUCACAGAAGAUUGACAAUACAAAAUGGAGGGGCAACACGCCCUGUACUGCCAGCUGUGUGGGCCCAGGAGGAGUCGAGAGAGGGCUGUCUAGUGUCUCGACAUAGUGUCACUGUUAGUGGAGUUUCCCUUCCUCUCUACGAUAGGAAAUUUCAGAAAGAGGGUUGUUUGGUGACACUUCCAUCCACUGAGCGUAACCUGGAGGGUGUAGCGUUGGCAGUGUGUCGAGGUCAUCCAGUGUUAAUUGAAGGAGUUGUUGGCAGUGGAAAGACAUCUCUAGUUGAACAUUUAGCUUGUGUCACUGGAAGAUUUAAAGCUCCGUUUUUAACUAAGGUACAGCUUGGAGACCAGACAGACAGCAAGACUCUUCUUGGUACCUACUGCUGCACGCAAACUCCUGGAGAGUUUGUCUGGAGACCUGGCUCACUUACACAGGCAGUAACUAAAGGCUAUUGGAUUUUGCUAGAGGACCUGGAUUAUGCACCUAUGGAUGUCAUUUCUAUUUUGGUACCACUGCUUGAAUCACGAACUUUGCCUCUGACAGGCCAUGGCAAUAUCCGUGCCCACCCAGAUUUCCAGUUGUUUGCCACCCGUCGUACUCUGGCAGGGACCAAGAUGAUCAGUGGGUGUGCUGGAAUUCUUGAUAAAUUAUGGACCAAAGUCGUGCUGGAAACCCUAAGUCGCUCAGAAUUACUCCAGCUCAUUGCUGCCAGAUGGCCAGAUUUGGAAUCUGUAUCAGAAAAACUGGUUGCAGUGUACUUGAUGUUGUCAGCAGGGCAGCAUAUUGAUGACAGUGAUGGUAACAGUCAGGCUGACUGUGUAGAUAUGACUUCUGUCAAGGUUUCUGGUCGUUUGGUGUCAGUCCGUGACCUGUUGAAAUGGUGCACAAGAGUGGCAUCUCACCUUGAUGAUACAGAUAUGCCAUUAGCUAGAAGAGCAUUCCAAGAAGCUCUUGAUUGCUUUUGCGCAGCAGUGCCAAAUCCCAUGACACGCUUCACCUUCACCUUACACAUUGGCUCAUUCAUGAACCGCACAAAAGCAGAGGUAGAGUACUUCUGUACACAAUAUAAACCAGAAGUAACUCAGCUGCCAAGCCAGCUAAUCAUAGGCCAGAGAGCCAAGUUGUUGAAAAAGACUACGAAUACCUUAUCAAUAGGUGGAAAGAAGAAGGUUACAUUUUCGUUCACAAGACCCGCAGUGUGCUUGUUAGAGAGGAUUGGUGUAGCCAUAAUGAACCAAGAACCAGUGUUAAUAGUCGGAGAAACAGGAACGGGGAAAACAUCAACUGUACAGUACUUGGCUCACCAGACCCGGCACAAGCUACGUGUUAUUAACCUGAGUCAGCAAAGUGACUCAGCUGAUCUCCUUGGAGGAUUCAAACCAGUUGAGAUGAAAACCAUUGUUGCACCGGUGAGACAAGAAUUUGAAGACCUCUUUGUUACCACAUUUUCAGCUACAAAAAAUAACAAAUUUCUUCAACACAUUAUGGUGUGUUUUGUAAACCAAAGAUGGAUGGAUUUAUUUAUUUUGAUGGAGCAUACACAGAAAAAAGCAGCCGAGAAGAUUGGAGAUCCUAGCAAAGGAGAACCACAAAUGAACACAAAUGCCUCGAAAUCCCUGUCGGGUAGAUGGCUGAAGCUAAAAUUAAAAAUAUCAACAUUGAAGGAUCAAGCACAACAUGCCCAAAGUGCCCUCGCCUUCUCAUUCAUUGAGGGAGUUUUAAUCAAGGCUAUUCAAGAAGGGGAAUGGGUGUUGCUUGAUGAAAUCAAUUUGGCAAGUGCAGAGACUCUGGAAUGUUUGUCUGGACUUCUUGAAUCAAAUUCUGGAUCCCUGACUUUGCUAGAGCGAGGAGACAACAAACCUGUGACCAGACAUCCAGAAUUUCGUCUUUUUGCUUGUAUGAACCCAGCUACUGAUGUAGGAAAGAAAGAAUUACCAGCUGGUUUGCGGAAUAGAUUUACUGAGUUCUUCAUGGAAGAACUGCAUGACAAACAGGACCUUAUGAUUAUAAUCAAUGACUACCUAGUUCAGUUGGGUCCAUCAAGCAAUCAAGUUAAAGGUAUUAAAAACUUCUUCAAAAAGGUGAAGGAAGAAGAAGAAAAAUCCUUCAAUGAUGGUACAGGACACAAGCCUCAUUUUAGUUUACGUACCCUCUGCCGAGCACUUGGUGUGGCUGGCAAAAACCCCUGUUCCAGUUUACCAAGAUCCUUAUUUGAGGCCUUUUGUCUAGCAUUCUUAACUCAGCUGGAUCAGACUUCUUACAAUUUAAUGUUAAAUCUUAUCAAAGUCCAUGUCCUUGGUACUGAACAUGAAGGUAGAGGAAAUGGCAGACACAACGUCAAGCUGAAAUUAGACCCAAUCCCGGCACCUGCCACUGGUAAUACUGUGCAAAUUGAAGGUUAUUGGGUACAACAAGGUGACCAAGAACUUCAAACUCCAGACAAUUAUAUUAUCACUCAAACAGUGAGAAAGAACCUUGAAGAUCUUGUGCGAGUUGUGAGCAUUGGUCAGUUCCCCGUGUUGCUGCAAGGUGAAACUUCUGUGGGAAAGACGUCGCUCAUAAUGUAUCUUGCACGCCUCGCUGGAAAUUUGUGUGUGCGCAUCAACAACCACGAACAUACUGACCUCCAGGAAUAUGUCGGAUGUUAUGCACCUAAUGAAACUGGCAAGCUAGUUUUCAAAGAAGGUGCGCUUGUAAAGGCAAUGCGUAAGGGCCAUUGGAUUAUUUUAGAUGAACUAAAUUUGGCCCCAUCUGAUGUGUUGGAGGCCCUCAAUCGUCUCCUUGAUGAUAAUCGUGAACUGUUUAUUCCUGAAACGCAAGAAACAGUUCGUGCUCACCAACGCUUUAUGCUUUUUGCUACCCAGAAUCCUCCAGGAUUGUAUGGUGGACGAAAGGUGUUGUCACGAGCAUUCCGUAAUCGAUUUGUGGAAUUGCACUUUAAUGAGAUCCCUCCUACUGAACUUGAAGUGAUCCUUCAUGGAAGAUGUGAGGUGCCCCUUUCAUACAGCAAGAAGAUGGUUGCAGUCUUGCAGGACCUACAGAAUAUGAGAAGAGGAUCAAAUCUUUUUCAGGGGAAACAGUCAUUCAUUACUCUGCGUGAUCUCUUCCGGUGGGCGGAGCGGUACCGUCUUGCACCCAAGCAGACAGUUAAAUUUUAUGAUUGGGACCAGCAUCUUGCAGACGAGGGUUACCUUGUCUUGGCUGGCAGGGUCAGGGCAGAAGAAGAAGCUGAGUUAAUUAGAAAGGUUUUGGAAAAGAGACUAAACAAGAAAGUGGAUAAGGACAAUCUCUUUUCAUUGUCUGAAGACACAUCUUCAGUUACAAAGUCUUGUUUGGAACAAAUGUCAAUAAUAAAAGGUUUUGAACAUGUAGUUUGGACUCAGGAUAUGCGGCAUUUGUAUGUUUUAGUUGCAAAGUCACUUAGUUUCAAGGAACCUGUUUUGCUUGUUGGGGAGACUGGUUGUGGAAAGACUACUGUAUGCCAGAUGAUAGCUUCUCAGAACAGACAAGAACUUUAUACUGUUAACUGUCACAUGCAUACAGAAGGAGCAGAUUUUCUUGGUGGACUUCGCCCAGUACGGUCUCAUGCAGAUGAAGAUGAUAGGUUGUUUGAGUGGGUUGAUGGCCCUCUCAUAAUGUCAAUGAGAGAUGGAGGGAUGUUCCUUGCAGAUGAAAUCUCUCUUGCUGAUGAUAGUGUUCUGGAAAGGUUAAAUUCUGUUCUUGAGCCAGAGAGGAUGGUGGUGUUGGCAGAGAAAGGAACAGAUGUAGGAGGUGACAUAGAUAGUCUGGAGAUCAUCUAUGCACAAGAAGAGUUCAGGCUUAUUGGCACUAUGAACCCUGGUGGAGACUAUGGGAAGAAGGAACUUUCUCCUGCCCUAAGAAAUCGUUUCACAGAAAUUUGGUGCCCCAAAGUUGAAAUUAAUCGAGUAGCAUCUGAUGUACUUGGCAUUAUUGAGCACAACAUUGAAAAAGAAGUUGUUUUGAAUUCAGAAGAGCACACAAGUGGCCUCGGUAAAGCUAUGUUGCAAUUUUUGGAACAUUUUACAAAGACAGACCUUGGUAAAAAAUGUGUUCUUAGUAUCAGGGACUUGUUGUCUUGGGUGUAUUUUAUCAAUAAAGUUACAUCAGCCCCAACCAAUAUGGAUGUAGGCUUGGCUUAUAUCCAUGGGGCAUGUCUUGUUCUUUUAGAUGGUUUAGGAUCAGGACUCACAGGCAGUGGUAUUGCAGGAUGGAAGCAGCUCAGAGAAGCCAGUCUCAAAUACCUGUGUCAGCAAGUGUGGCAGAAGACUGGUGUCAUUCCCAACACAUCAACACUUCAGGAAGAAUUUAUUAAUAAUUUGGAUUUUGUAAACACUGAUGCUAUGUUUGGUGUUGGACCUUUUGUGAUCAGCAAAGGGUCAGUGAGUAAAUGCAAGCCUAACAUGUUUACCUUUAAGGCACCUCGCACAUGUGUAAAUUUGUUGCGGUUACUUUGUGGUUUACAGCUGACAAAGCCAUUGUUGUUAGAAGGUAGCCCAGGUGUGGGUAAAACCAGUUUGGUGAUGGCUUUAGCUAAAGCCUCAGGAAAUGACAUUGUGCGAAUCAAUCUUUCUGAACAGACAGAUGUGAGUGAUCUAUUUGGUGCAGAUCUGCCAGUUGAGGGAGGCAAGGGUGGCAUGUUUGCAUGGCGUGAUGGGCCUCUGCUACAGGCACUGCGUCAGGGCUCCUGGGUAGUGUUGGAUGAACUUAACUUAGCGUCGCAAUCAGUUUUGGAAGGAUUGAAUGCAUGUUUUGAUCACCGUGGUGAAAUUUUUGUGCCAGAAUUAGGCAAAACCUUCCAAGUGGAGCAUCGUUCUACCAAAAUAUUUGCCUGUCAAAAUCCGCAGUAUCAAGGAGGUGCCAGGAAAGGUCUUCCAAAGUCUUUCAUGAAUAGAUUUACCCAGGUACAUGUGGAGUCACUCUCAUCUGCUGAUUUGGAGUUUAUUCUGAGUAUGAUGUACACAGAUCUUCCAAAUGAUAUAGUGGCAAAGAUGGUGAAAUUCAAUCAGGCCAUCACAUCAGAAAUUCAGGACCAAGGACUAUGGGGUGCUCGUGGUGGGCCAUGGGAGCUAAACCUGCGCGAUAUGUUCAGAUGGUGUGACGUUAUGGUGAAGAAUCAAGACAAGGAUUCCUACAAUCCAGGGCAGUAUGUGGGGCUCAUCUACUCUGCCCGCAUGAGGACAAUAGAAGACAAGAAAAAUGUGUUUCGUUUAUAUAAUGGCAUAUUUGGGGAAGAGUAUCCCUGCUAUCAGAGUCUUGGUAGAUUCCAUAUAACUAAGACCACUGUGCAAGUUGGACAUUCAGUGAUUGAUAGAAAUCAGGAUGGUAAUUAUAGUGAAGAAGACAGCAGUGGAGACCUGUAUAUGAUACAUCACCAGUUGCCAGUCUUAGAGAGUCUCAUUAGCUCUGUAAAUAUGAAUUGGAUGACUCUAAUGGUUGGUGAAUCAGGAGUUGGGAAGACAUCUCUAGUGAAGCUGUUAGCCAGGUUGACAGGUCAUCGCAUCCUUACUCUCACUGUCAAUUCUGAUAUGGAUGUGACGGAACUCCUUGGUGGCUUUGAGCAGAUUGACUAUGGGCGGGUCCUGGGUGAAGCUGUCUGUGAUGUUGGUCAUGCUGCCUGGGCAGCUUUGAGAAAGGCCCUUUUGCAUGGAAGGGAAUCCCAAGCUAAGAAGAUUCUGUCAACCUGGGAUAAUCUUCUCUCUGCCCGCAAUGACAAGACGAGGAGGACAACAUCUGAAGAGACGGCACAUUUCCACCACCAGUGUGAACUCCUGUUGGUUCUUCUUGGCACACUCACAACCACUGAAGAGAUAAGAUGCACGAAGACCACAAGCCACAAGAAGCAGCAGCAGCAGGAUCUUGAAGUAAAUGGUACAUGUGAAAAUUUAGGAGCACCCAUCAAAGUCAUAGAAUUAUGCAGCCGUGUAGAGAAACUGCAGAAGUGUGUGAAGGAAGCUGGUGGACUCUCUGGAGGUGGUACUUUUCAUUGGGUUGAUUCCAUUUUUGUCAAGGCCAUAUGUAAUGGUGAGUGGCUGCUUGUGGAUGGUGUGAAUUUGUGCUCUGCAUCAGUCCUGGACAGGCUUAAUGCUGUGCUGGAACCUGGCGGUGUGUUAACCCUGAGCGAAAGGGGUGUUGUAGAUGGUGCUGUUCCAUCAGUCACACCACAUUCCAAUUUCCGCCUGUUCCUUGCCAUGGACCCUCAAUAUGGAGAGAUCUCACGGGCCAUGAGAAAUCGAGGCUUAGAGAUCUGCAUGGUAGGGUCAUGGAAGAUUCCUCAAGAUAUAUGUGCUCUACUGUUGCAGGGGGGUCUGACAUCCCCUCAUCUGCAAAAUGCCCUUGUUCAAACCCAUCGAGCUAUUGCAGAUUUCCUCCCUGUGUAUGAGCAGCCAAGCAUUUCUCAAAUGAAGCAAGCAGCAUCAGUGACAUGCCAGUUGAUACAGAAAGGACACCAACCCAACCAUGCUCUUACCAAGGCUUUGAGACUUGUCUAUUUGCAGUCCCAGGGCAAAAUCAACAUUCGCCAAGCAAUUAGUGUGGCCAUAGAUGGAGCUAUACAAUGGUUAAAAACCAUCCCCAACUUGCUUUGGCCCCCUUACGAGAAUCAGGCUUUGAGUAUGAGUAGGUUAAGUGAGGGCAGUACCUUAGCACAGAUGAAAAUUGCAGGAUCUUUAUUACACACCAUCUUGCUAGCUGUUACAAACCCACAGGCUGCCAAAGCUUGGACAUCUGCAGUCUUGCCUCUUGCCAGACCUCUUCCAACUACAGAGUAUGGCAUACUUCAUUGUCUAAUUAUACUUUUGUCAACUAUUCCUGUGGAUGACUGGCCUUUGCUCUGUGCUUGGGUAUCACAUAUAGUCCGUAGUCUACCUCCUAAUUCAGCCCAGCUAGGUUGUAGAGCAGUAUCUGCAAUAGAGUUUGCCAUUUCCAGUGGACCAUGUGCUGCUUCUCAGGCAUUAAUAGAAAAUUUGGGCCCUAGCAAUAGUUUUGAUCCACGAUAUGACCUCCAGGCACUUACAGGAAAUGAGACAAAAUGUACAGGAGUUGAUUGUGAGAGUUUGGCUAAUAAAUCUUGCCUUUGGGUGUGGCAGACAAUCUCUAAUUUCUACAAGAAGCAGCAUAUUGCUAAUAAGAACCUGAAUGGUAAUUGCAAAUUGGAUACAAUGACUGUACUGGAAAUUUCUCAUGCAGUGAAUGAGGGACUAGCCAGAAAGAAUAAUUCACCACAUGCUGCAGUGCCAUUCCUAGUGCCUCUUCUUCAACAAAUUCAUCAACUGGUACUUAAACUUUCUAACAAUCCCCAAAUAACACUCACAAACCAAGAAUUUUGCCAGGUGUUAAGUGCUCUACAGUGGCAUGACCACCUGUACCAGUUGUGUUGUCAAGUAGUGAGGAAAUCCAAAUUCCACUUAUUUUUACCACAAUUGAUGCUUCAUUGGCAAUGGAUUGAAGGGGAAUUACUGCAAAAAAUGCCGGAGUCCUGGAGUACUUUGGUUCCAAAACAAUUAAAAGAAAUUGUUAAACAUUUGCAGUCUGCAUUUGAAAGAGAAUAUGAUCCUGUCCAUAAAUUAGCAGCAGGACUUCGGUUGCAUAUAUCCCCUGCUCCUUUCAUAUUUCACCAGGCCUCAGAUGCUCAUUCUCAUCUUGUAGACCUUGUAUCCAGUCUAACUCCUACUGCUAAUAGUGAUAAAAUUAAUCUGUUUUUAGCAUCACCACUUGGAAUAGAAGUAUGUGAAUCGCUGAUAUAUAUUGCAGGAAAGAUUCCUACUUGUGAUGCUGAAAACAUUGUGGAUGUAUGUUCCCAGCUGAAUUCUAUAGAUGAUACAAUACAAAAACAAUGUAUCAAACAUGAGCCAUCCCUUAAGGCCAUGGAAGCUGAUAUAUUGACUCUCCAAGUACAAACUUGGCCUUUGCGUGACUACAUAGCUUUCCGGGCCCUCUCACUUGAGAGAGAAGAUGGAGUGUUGUCUCCACACUUGCAGGGUGUGGUUGCAGGAGCUCCUGGAGUGUAUAAAGAAAUAGCAACAGUUUUGUCAGGUCCAGCAUUCAGAGUUUCCCCAGUAAUUAACACUCAUUAUUACCUAGCUCUCAGCAAGUGUACUGCUACCCAACACACUCGCACUUUCUUAACAUAUUCACCAUCUGUCUCAGAAGAUGAUAUGAUGGAAGAGCAAACACAAGAGGAUGCCCUCCAUCCAGCUGCCUGUCAGCUUACUUACAUUUUGUUAGCUGGUAAUAACAGGCAGGGCACUGGAACUGAAAGUAUAAUUGAACAGGUACCAGCUGGUUUACAUGUAGAAAAGGUUGCCCAACUGAAAGCUAUACGGUCAACCUUAUGGAACAACUGGUUGACUCUUGAAGAUCCUACAACAAGUUAUGAAGCUACAUUUACUAAAGCUGCUACCUCAUAUAUUACGCAGGCAUUGGGUGCUCUGGCAUUUACAAUGAAUAUUUCUGUAGAGCUCAAUAUUGGAGCUUAUGACUUGCAGAGUGCUUUAUGCUUGGCUUAUAAGAUUGCAGAGGACAAUGAUUCUGUUGUAUUAGAUAGUAGUCGGAAGCAGCUGUAUGAGGUGGCCAGCAUGAUACAGAAACUCCAGGUAUGCGACAGUAACUUUACAAACAAGUCAGACAUUGCGGCCCGUGCAGUAUUGGCCAUGGGAGUCAUACAGGCUACUGUUUUAGGUCACUUAGAGCCUGUUGAUCCUGCUCAGCGUCAUAGUCUCCUGCUUCAGUACCACCAGGAAGAAAUAGAUAAUUUAGAGUCAUAUGCAAUGUUUUCAGAGUGGUUUGAAUGCUUGCGUGGUUGUCUGGACAGCCCCCCAGUACACCUGAUGCACCCACAUAUAACAUUUUUCAAGGACAGAUGUAACCACCUGAAGUCAGCAGUGUCUCACCUAACUCAGCAGAUUGCUCACCGACCUGACGUGUCUGAAUAUCACCAAUUAAGACAAGAUUUUGCCCACUUUCUCUCUACAGUCUUCACACAUGAGAAGAUCCAAGAGCUCUCAUCAGGCCUAAAGUCUUGCAGAGAUACUCUUGCCCCAAGUGCAGUACAAAUGAAAGUUGAAUGCAUGAUUGCGUCUUGCGAUAACUUUGUGCAGAGAAUUAUUCGGCAUUACCCUCUGUACCGUGAUCUUACAUAUCCAUUUCUUCAUGCUGUGACCAUGACCUGUGAAGCUCUGCAUUUAUUAGCUUCUCAUUGCUACCUUAAGAAUAUCAGCUUCAAUUGUGGCACUGAUUUGACAGAAUGUUUAGUGAAAUAUUCCACUUUUCCAGCACCACGAGAACCUCUACAUCCUUUGCAACUGUUACAUGAACAGUUAACUCUUACUCAGUGCACAAAAGUUUUACUCCCAGAAGAUAAAUAUUCAAGUCAAGCAAAGGUGACCAAUAACUUGAUCUUACGUGCAGCUCUCCUAGAUCUAUUAAACGUGGUCCUUAAACAACAUUACUUGGAUGAUCAGGCUAUAAAGUUGGCUACACAAUUGUUUGGUCAGAUAGCUAAUACUUGGAGGCAGCAACAGGAGGAAAGAACUUUGCUUGCCCAGGAAGAAGAAAGUCUGUAUCGUUAUAAGGCUCGCACUAUAGCUGCUACUGAAACAGAGGAUGAGAUGCAAGAACGAGAAUUCCAUAGUGCUUUCCCUUCUUUUGACCAUGAAUUUGAUGAUUUGAAUGGUUUGAAUUUGAAUGAUGAUGUGAAAAUGGAUUGUAAUGAAGAUGGAAGUUCUGAAGAUGUCACAGUUGGACAUGUCACUGAUGAUCGAAUAUGUGAAGUGAGUGAAUUGCAUCGACUUAUCUUUACUUCUCUGGUCAGGACACACUGGUGUACAGCUCCUGCUAGCAGUAGCACACAAUCACCAUCACAAGUUGUGUUAGCAGCAGUAUUAAGGUUGCGUGUACUUCAUCACCUUAUUGGAACAGCUGGUGGUAUUGCAGGUUGUGAUUUAGAUCAUUCUACAUUGGGGGCUCAUAUUCUUAGCAACUAUAAUUCUUGUACUGUUUUGACUGGUGCAACCCCUCCUGAGCUCUUUACCCAUCCCUAUGACAUCUAUAGAGACCCCAAUCCCCAAGAAGUCUUAAAAGUUCGUCCAUUACUUCAGACAGUACGUGGACGAGUAGAUGAGCUACUUAAUCUGUGGCCUGCUCAUCCAUCACUGCUCAUGGUCAAUACUGUUAUAACAAGGGUGUUGGCCUUCCCUCUGACUUCACCUCUCAUGAGACAUGUGAUAGGGCUUGAAACAGUGCUAGAGAAGGCUCAGGAGUGGGAGAAAAAUGCUCAUAGAGGAGUUUCAAUGAUGGAUCAACUUGAGGCUGUUACACAUCAGAUAUUAGAAUGGCGACAACUCGAGCUAAAUGCUUGGCGCUCCUGUUUAGACUCUGUGACACACAAAGUUGCUAUUGAAGGCAAAAAAUGGUGGCCACAUCUACAUGAUACAGUCCAGGCAGCUCUUACAGAAACUGUUUCCCUUAGUGAUAUAUCCAAGACUGUGAAACAGUUCUUGGAAACUUCAGUAUUGGGUGACUUCCAAACCCGUCUUCAGUUGCUGUAUGCCUUUCACUGUAACCUUGCUGUGUUGGAAAGAAGUAAUGUUACUGAGCAACUGCUGGCCCUCACGUGGAAUCUUCAUCAGUUCUAUGUACAGUUCUUACCAUUAGUGACCUCUACUCUCUCGAAGGCUAGACAACCAAUUGAUAAGGAAGUAAAGGGCUAUGUGAAGAUUGCUCGUUGGAACGAUAUUAAUUACUUUGCCGUGCGUGAAUCUGUAACAAAGAGUCAUCGUACUCUUCAUCGUCACAUGCGCAAUUGGGAGAAAAAAUUGAGACAGUCCAUUGCCUCUUUACUUUAUAAUACCAAUUCAGAGUUAGCAGAAGAUCAUACCGGAGCAUGGGAUAAAGAGCCUAUUGAUGAAGUAACUGUUAUGCCCAUUGCUCCACCAGUUCCUGGUAAUGUAGACCACACAAGCAGGGCAGUAGGUAACUCAGUGUUAUGUCGACUCGGAGCUCUCACUCGUCGCUACCACAAACUGGCAUCCCGAACACUGAUUAAACUUCCUUAUUCUUCUUAUAUAAACACAGUUGAGGAUGUCAGUACCAAUAUUAUCACAAAUUAUCAGGAGCUCCAAGCUGCUGCAUCUCGCUCUGAGAAUGUCUCAGAUUCAGAGGUACGGUUGAAACAGCUACGCAGUGUUAUGCAACGACGCCGUGAUACUCUGGCUCGUCUGUUCAAGACAUUAGCUUCUUUAGGUGUUACUUACACCCGUGGAAACAGUUUAUGGAAUGACGAUGACAUCGCGUCUUGUUUUUCUUUACCACCUAUGGACCUUGACACUGCUCACCCUGGUAUAAUAUCUCUGAAGACAGCACAAGAGGCAUGGCCUGGAUGUAUUAAGUACUUGAACCGUUGUAUUAGUCGUCUCACCCUCUUUCUGAAAACCCUACAACAACCGCAUAGUGAUCUUAGUCCUGAGCUUAUCAAGCGUUUGCGUGGUGUGUCUUGCUAUUUAUUCUUAUUGGCUCGAGACCAACGGAGAUCUUUGGGCGAAAUCAGUAACUACACUCGGCAGUUACAUCUACUCCUAAGGGAUUUGAGAAAUGUUGAACCACAUCCAGCACCAAUUGCUAAAAUUUUCAGUGGUUGUCAACAACUUCAUGCAUUAGCAACAUCUCUCUCCCUAACCUUAUCAGAAAUUUCUAUCCUCCUAGGAACAUCUUCCAGUAGUCCUCCCUUAUUGCUGGUGCAAGAUCAUGGUGCAGUCUUAGAACAUAUGCAGUUGGAAGAUGCAAAGAGAAUGCUGAAUGAAACUGAAGCAAGAGUUAGUUAUCUUACACAACAACUUGCUACUUACUUGAGACAUUUCCAAGAUGGACAGCAUUUAGUAACUCCUGAAUACUCCAGAUUCUUUUCUGAAGCGUUGAAUAAGCUCUCAAGUGAGGCAGAGAUAUUGCAAGAGGUAAUUAAAUUGCUUUCAGUAAAUGAUGGUAGAAAGCUUCCUCUCACUAGGCAGCUAUUAUGUUGGUUAAAAGAAUGGCAUGCUACCCAACAUGACUUGUCUACUUGGAAGGAUGUUCAGCUUCCAUCCAAAGAAAUAAAUGAUCUUGACUUAAAGCACCUGGAUCAUUGCUUGACUCAAGCUUUGUUAGCUGUUGAAAAUAUUUACAAAAGACAUUGCUCGGGUAAUGGUACAGUAGAGGAUAGCACUGAAGAAGAUUUUGUGAAGAACCUCCUGAGUCAUGGUAUAGUACAAAACCUUGAGUCUGACAAGAAAGAUCUGAGAAUCAAGGAAGUUGUAAAUCGAUUACAAAAAUUGAUGAAAGGAGCAGAGAACCAGCCAUAUUUGUUGGAAGAAUUGAAAGCUGCUGUUCCUCUUUUAGAACAGUAUCAAGUAAUAUGUGAAUCUGUUUUGUUAGUAAUGGUCUGCAGUAAUAGAGGUAUUGUAAAGUUUACAUCCAUUUUAAUUGCCAUAUUUCAACAACUUGCUGUAAAAGGCUUUUGUCGACCUCAGGAGCUGGAAGAUGAGGCUGGAGGCGAAGGUGCCACAAAUUUUGAGGACUCAGAGGGUACAGGUCUUGGUGAGGGGGAUGGUCAGAAGGAUGUGUCUGAUCGUAUUGAGUCAGAGGAUCAACUUGAAUCAGCAUUGAAAGAGGGAGAAAAUGAGAAGCCAGGUGAUGAAGACUUGAAAGAAGAAGAUCAAGGAAUAGAGAUGAAUGAAGAUUUUGAUGGAAAGAUGCAGGCUGUGGAACAGAAUGAAAAGAAUGAAGAUGAUAGUGAUGAGGAAAAUAAUGAAAAUGAUGAUGUUGAUAAGCAAAUGGGGGAAACUGAAAAAGGAGCAGAUAAACUUGAUGAAAAGUUGUGGGGUGAUGAUGAAGAUGGAAAUGAAGAUGAAGAUGACAGCAAAGAACAAGAUGAAGAAGAUGGCCCAGGUGAUGGUGAGGUGACUGAAUCCAAAAUGGUGGCUAAAGAUGACAAUAAGAGCAAAAAAGAGAGAGACAAAGACCAGAAAAAGAAGAAUGAAUUGAAGGAAAUGGAAGACACUAGAAAGGAAAAUCCAGUGGAAGAUGGAAAUGAAUAUGAUGAUAACUUCACUGACCCUUAUGGUGGUGAAGCUGACAUGGAAAAUGAAGAGGAAGAAGAAGAAAUGGUUUUACCAGAUGAUAUAAACUUAGAUGCUGAGGCUAACAAGGAGGAUAAUGAAGAUGAGGAUAAUGAAAAAUGCGAUCCCUUGGAGAUGGAGGAAAUGGGCAUUUUCCCUGAAGAAGAAAGUGAACCAAAGGAGAAAGAUAAUAAGGAACAAGAAAAUGAAGCAGAAGAACAUGAUAAGAAAGAUGAAGACGAUGCAGACAAAGAAAAUAGGGAAGAGCAGGCUGGAGAAAUUGCUGAAAAUGGUGAUGAUGAACAUUCAGAAGAAACAAAGAAAGAUGAACGCAGGGAAGGUACAGAGGAAGGAAAUAAUGUAGACGAUGUUGAGAAGGAAGAAAAAAAUGAAGAUGCUGCUGAAGCUUCUCAAGACAAAGACAGCAAGACACCAGCUGAGGCAGCAGAGAUGGACACAACAGAAGGCAGCAAGGAUGAAACUAAGGAACAACCAAAAUCCAAGAUGGGUGGGCAGCAUGAAGAGGAUGAAGAGGAAAGGCAAGAAGAACAAGGUCAAAUAGGUGAGCAAACAGAUGACCAAGAAGGUGUGGGGCAGUCCGAGAGUCGCACCCGUGAUGAUGCACACAAAGGCGAAUCAUCUGCUCUGGUUACCAAGUCUUCAGCUAAUGAUCAGAAUGACAUGAAGAAGCCCCGUAAGCCUGGGACAGUUGAUGAGAAUAGAACACUAGGGGACAAUCAAGAGAAAAUGCAGCACGGGCCAAUGACCAAAGAGAUGAGGAAAAAGAGAUCAGAGAACAAUCUGCCAGAACAAGAGGAUGCUGAAGAUCACGUGGAGCAGAAGAACUCUGAGUAUGAACCUAUUGAUAAGGCAGAGGAUCACUUUGAUGCUCAGAUUGUUGAUGCUGGUACUCAGGAGCAGGCCAGAGAGGCACCAGCACCAGCAGAUAGACAGGAGGAGGAUAAGCCACAAGAAGAGGAAGAAAUGAUAGAAACUCCAAUGGAGGUUGAUGAAGAUGAUCUGGGAGAGGCUGGAGAGGAAAAGGAAGCGACAGCUCAAGAGGGAGAAAAGAGAGAGAACAGAGAAAGAGGUCAGGGUAAGCGUGAUCCCCAGGAAGAAAGUGAGACUCAAAUUGUGACUGAGGGAGAUACUGUACUCGAGUCCCUCAUUCAGCGACCACCAGAGACUUACUUCCACACUCUUAUGGCAGAUGAAGAUGAACAGGAGGAAAAACUUUUUGCCAAAUUUGAUGAAAAUGUUGAGGAAACUAGACGGCAGAUUGAAGUAAUAAGUACUCAGAGUGAGGAUGAUGGCACAUCUUGGGCACAGCAAGAAGCACGAGUGGCACCUAUAUCAUUACAGUUGUGUGAGCAAUUACGGCUUAUCCUGGAGCCCACUCAAGCAGCCAGACUACGUGGUGAUUAUAGAACAGGGAAAAGACUGAACAUGAGAAAAGUGAUACCUUACAUAGCCUCACAGUUCCGCAAAGACAAAAUCUGGCUACGUAGGACACAACCUAGUAAGCGAACAUAUCAAAUCUUGGUAGCAGUUGAUGAUUCUGAAUCUAUGGCUGAAGCACGUGCAGGUAGCCUUGCCAUAGAAAGUGUGGCCCUUGUGACGCGUGCUCUCACACUGUUGGAGGUUGGACAAUUGGGCGUCAUUAGUUUUGGGGCAUCAACUAGAAUUAUUCACCCCUUUGAUCAGCCAUUUAGUGAAGCAGCAGGCAGUAAAGUUCUUGCUAGUCUUAAAUUUGAUCAGAAGGUUACCAACUUUGGUCGUAUGUUAGAGGACAGUGUAGCUCUGAUGAAUGGGUCCCGAGUGACCAGUAGUCAUGGUAAUCCUGACACUGCUCAGCUGCUGCUCAUCCUCAGUGAUGGUCAGACACAAACAAGAUCAGAAAUUGUGAAAGCAGCAGUUAGAACAGCCCGGGCUUCCAGAAUAUUUAUUGUUUUUCUAGUUUUAGAUUCAAUGGAUAAUAAAUAUUCAUUUUAUGAUGUAUUAGUGUAUGAAAAAGGCCGCAUGAAACCACUGGUCGAAUCAUUUCCUUUCCCAUUCUUUUUGGUAGUAAGGGACCUAGCUACACUUCCUUCUGCCCUAGCAACUGCUCUCAGGCAAUGGUUUGAACUGGUGACUGCUGAUGCAGCUCACUAAAUAUCUAAAGUAGUGAUACUGUACACAUUGCAAGUUCAAUACAUAUGAAAAAUUAUAUGUAUUGGGUGCAUAUUACCCCGCGUUAAAAGUUUAAUGACUGUAUGCUUAAAGAGAGAUGUACAGUACUAUAGUUUUUUUUAGUUUUUACAGUUUUGUUCUGUGGCCACUUUUAUACUCCAUUUUUUCAAUGAUUUAAUUGCAGAUGCUCUGUAACACUUAAAUUUCAAAGUUUCUAGUGACUGAAAAGUUUGUAAAUAUUUUUUAUUUUGAUUAAAUGAAGAGGAAAUGUUUUAAAAUUCAGAAGAAAUUAUGUUUAGAAAAAUUAUCACUUAGGAUUGACAUAUUCUUACAAUUAUAAUUCACAAUAGCUAUAAUAAAUUUAUAUAAGACA